ACCAGCUCGUCUUCUCCAUGCUUAACUACUACUAGGAAUAUGAAUUGACAACGAUUUGACUUUGACAGUGAUUUGUCAAUUUGUGUUUUGUUUUUUGGGGCCUGCUAGAUUGGAAAACAACUAUUAUUAAUUACGCUAAUUAUCAUUUUUUAAAGUCUAUCCCUUAUGGCUUCUCAAGAAGAAAACUUCGAACAGUUCGAAGAAGACGAUGCAGCUGAUUCAGCCUUGGCUCUUUAUAGUGCGGGCAGAAAAAGGAUGUUCAGCAAAGAAUUGAGAUGCAUGAUGUACGGAUUUGGCGACGACCAAAACCCUUACACUGAAAGUGUCGAUAUCAUCGAAGAUCUCGUCAUUGAAUUCAUCACAGAGAUGACACACAAAGCUAUGGAAAUAGGGCGCACUGGUAGAGUCCAAGUGGAAGAUAUUGUAUUCCUAGUUAGAAAAGAUCCUAGAAAGUAUGCCAGGGUUAAAGAUCUUUUGACUAUGAAUGAGGAACUGAAAAGAGCAAGGAAAGCUUUUGAUGAAAUCAAGUUUGCAGAAAAUCACAACAAACAGCAGAAGGGGAAUACAUAGAAGCCAAAUAUUUUUUUAAUCCAUUGUUAAAGAUAGUACUUUUAAGUUUGUUAUUGAAUGCAUUGCAUGUAAAAUAUAAUGCUCUUUUUAUUAUUGCAAUAGGUUUGAUGUCUGCUAGCUUUAGGUUUUGAUUUUGUAUAUAUUGAAUGAAGGCAUUGAUGUCAAAAUUUAUAAUCAUCCUGGUAUGUAUAGUGUUGCUAUUUGCUCAGUGUUCGAAGGUAGAGACUCAGCUGAAACAUUGCUGUUUUAUUAAUAGUGAGCAAAAAUCUGUUGAAUUUUCUAUGUUUUGAAUUGCUUAGCAUGCUGUGGAAUAAAUUUACUUUUUAUGUAUAAACUUUUUGUAUUACGUUUUCAGGAAAGGAUGCCUGUGUAAAUUAAAUAUUAGCCACUUAAUAACAAUCAUCGGUUUUAUUGUACAAUAAUUUAUAUAAUAAAAUGUAUAUACAGUGCAUUUCAAUUUAUUUUAUACAUACAAUGAAAAUUUGUACUUAGAC